GUAUAAAGGAGGCGAACAAGUAUUCCGAGGUAGUGUGCUGAUUGGCUCCGUAAUCUCGCCAUGAUUUGGAAGGUGUCAGUGACGUUGCUGGCAGCCGCGGUGGUGUCCGUGCACGCCACUCAACUGGGCUAUGGCUACUCAGCGCCCCAGAUUCCACAGCAGAAUACAGUGACCAACAGUUAUCUCCCUCCUUCCGAUAGUUCCUCGUCCGAAGAAUCGAGAGAGUUCUUCCAGUCCAGGAACUACCAACGUGAUAGCGACGAGUCCUUCGAGAAUUACAGGCCCCCCAAGUAUGACUUCUCCUACACCUCGUCGGACCUGCGCGGCCACGACUUCGGCCACAAGGACACCCGCGACGGAGAGAACACCAAGGGGUCCUACCACGUCCAGCUCCCCGACGGACGCAGGCAGGUCGUCAGCUACCGAGUGGACGGCGACUCGGGCUUCGUGGCGGAGGUCAAGUACGAGGGGGAGCCUCGAUUCGCCCAGGGAGGGACUCCUCAGGUAGGAAGGCGUUACGGCGUCCCUGAUUCCGACGAGUCCGACGAGUCCCGCGAAGUCCCCCGCGUCUCCGUGCCCAGGCCUGUUUACGCCGCGCCCGACUCCGACGAAUCUGACGAGUCCCGGGAAGCCCGCCCGCGCUUCACGUCUCCUCGGCCGAGGUAUUCCCGCCCUGCCUCUCUCGAAUCUGACGAGUCCGAGGAGUCGAGGGAAGUCCGACGGUUCCCCACGCCCAGGCCGAGGUAUACCCGCCCUUCCCCGGAUGAGUCUGACGAGUCUCGGGAGGCGCCGUCCGCCACCACGCCCAGGACGCGGUUCUUCAUCCCAGACUCCUCAGAGGAAUCCAAGGAGUCCGCCGAAGGAUACGUCUACACAACGCCCGCCACGCCCUUCGUCGCUACGACCCCCGCCCCGACCUAUUCGGCCCCCAUCGUCCGGCCUCCCUCCCCCAGGCCGAGGAUCACGUUCCUUGACUCUGACGAAUCGGAUGAAUCAGAUGAGUCAAGGGAGAUCACGACUCGAAGGCCAAUCGCGACUCCUCGACCGAGUUCCACCACCAGACGUCCUGACUCAGACGAAUCCGACGAGUCCCGCGAAGGAUACGUGUACAGGCCUCCCAAGACGCCCUUCGUUUCCACAACCCCAAGACCAAGACGCCCACGCCCGGACUCCGACGAAUCAGACUCCCUCGAGAGCUCAGAGGAGUCCGAUGAGUCAAGGGAGUUCCCGAUUCGAAGGCCGCCCACGACUCCUCGACCAGUCACCAGACGCCCUGAUUCCGAUGAAUCCGACGAAUCGCGCGAAGGAUACGUCUACAGGCCUCCCAAGACGCCCUUCGUUUCCACAACCCCAAGACCAAGAUAUUCACCGCCUGACUCCGACGAAUCUGACGAGUCUCGGGAGAUCACGACCCCAAGGCCGACCACGACUCCACGCCCCGUGACAAGGCGUCCUGACUCUGACGAAUCUGACGAGUCUGAUGAGUCCAGAGAAGGAUACGUCUACAGGCCUCCCAAGACGCCUUUCAUCCUAACCACUGCAAGGCCAAGACUCCCACGCCCAGAUUCCGAUGAAUCCGAUGAGUCUGAUGAGUCUCGGGAGACCACGACCCCUCGGCCAACCACGACUCCACGUCCAGUGAUUAGACGUGUUGAUUCCGAUGAAUCUGACGAGUCUGAUGAGUCCAGAGAAGGAUACGUCUACAGGCCUCCCAAGACUCCUCUCGUCUUCCCCACCGCAAGACCAAGACGCCUUUCGUCUCCACAACCGCUAGACCAAGGCUCCCGCGCCCAGAUUCCGAUGAAUCCGAUGAGUCUGCUGAGUCAAGAAAGUUCCCAAUUCGAAGGCCACCCAAGACGCUUCGACCAGUCACUAGACGCCCAGAUUCCGAUGAAUCUGACGAAUCGCGUGAAGGAUACGUCUACAGGCCUCCCAAGACUCCAUUAGUCUUCCCCACCGCUAGACCAAGACUCCCACGCCCAGACUCUGAUGAAUCCGAUGAGUCUGAUGAGUCAAGAGAGAUAAUCACGACCCCAAGGCCAACCACGACCCCGCGACCGGUCACUCGACGUCCUGA